AUGGCGGAUUACGCUCCGCUCAGCAGUGGUGGCGAAGAAGCGAGGGGGGGCGAAGUCGAGAUGCCUGGACGCAGAAUCGCUCGCGUAACUUCUCUCGACGUUUUCCGGGGGCUCUCCAUCGCCGUGCGUCGUUCAUCUCUCCAUCUCUCCCAUUAACAUUUAUCCCUGUGGUCGUAUGCAGUGUUCCAUAUCUCUAUUCGUUUCAUGUGCGUGAGUUUAAUUGCGCUUGUCGACGGAGUUGCCAGCAACGAAUGCCGCGCUACUUCCAGGAACGAGAACGGGGUCAUCUAGCUGUAACUGUAAAUGAGAAAAUGACGGCACCAAAAGAUUCUCUCUAAGGUUUUCCAUCCGUUUUGUCCGUUGGGGAAUGACGCCUGGCUGUCGCAACAGACUCUCUCAGAGGUCUGAGCUGUACGAUAAUGUUGGGUCUUAAAAUUUGAAUUCAUAUUUCGUAAACUACAAUCUUCUUAGUUUCAUGAAGGAAUUCGAACUGCAGUGUCGACCAACCCAUCAUAGGAAUGCAGUUUAGAUUGGAUUAGCGUGAUAUGAAUCAUCGAUAAAAGGUUUAAUCUAUAUUUUUCACCCUGGUCGUCUGACGAACAAAUUACAAUUCAAGUUGGUUGAAAAAUGUUUUCUGAUUGAAUUUAAUAGUUAUAAGAAUUUUCAAACUGAAUCUCAAUUCUUAAGAUGGUGAUUAGGUCGAAAGAUCGUUUUGUAAAGAUAUUACCUACCAUUGGGUCACGUGUGAAAAAAAAAGAGAGGAAAAAAACUGACACUUUGGCGGCAUCAGGUUGACUUUCAUAGACAGACCAGCAGGAAAUGAUGAGCCAUUGUUUGUGCUUUGCACCAGGUAGACCCGCUAUUGGUAUUUGCGUGGGCAGCCCUAUAGAGGCUUGUUGUCAGUCUAAUAUCAUAUGCAAACAACUGCCGCUUUACUUCAUUGAGAUCUGAUUUCAGUGCACUAUCUUACUCCAGGCAAUGUGGAACUACUUUCCACAGGAGCUGAAUAUUUGACAAAAGCAUUUGACAUACACAUCUGUCUAUUCAAUUUCGUAUCCAUGAUCGUGACUCGUUUCGUCAUCCUCCCAUAUGAUCAUUUAAGUUUCAUCCUGGAGUUUACAAACAUCUGUUUCUCAGUUCCCGAUUUAAUUUUCUAGGACUUCCCCUUCAGUUGCCCCUCGAAAUGGCAUGAAAAUACUUCCCAUUGGAGUUCGUGUUGCCUUUGAUAUCAUCUUCAUUAUUUCACUUUGCAUACAAAUUUAAUGAAGAAAAUUUUCCCUUCCUCUUUUCUCUUCGUGUACGGAGCCACGUUAUUUUAGAUCUUACCGUAAGCAACACACCAAAGCAUCUUUCGUCAGUAUCUUAGCUUUCUGUGCAAACCUUGCGUGCAUUGAUGUAUUUACUUUUUGACACUUUUAUUUACUUUUUCGGUUAUUAUUAAUAGCUCUUUAGUAGCUUUUUUUCUCAAUCUAUGCUGCUAAUGUUGUACAUUUUUUCCUGUUUCAGCUUAUGAUCUUUGUUGAUUAUGCUGGCUCUCUUUCUCCAGUCAUUGCUCAUUCUCCCUGGAAUGGUGUUAGAUUGGCAGAUUUCGUGAUGCCAUUUUUCCUUUUCAUUGUCGGCAUUUCUCUGGCCCUCGUGCACAAGGUAUGCAAGGAAUUUGUACAUGCCAUUGUCUGUAUUAAUCUUUUUGACGAGGACUAUUGGUCGUGUGACCUUAAAUCUGGUAAUUAUAUUGAACAGCGUUACAGGUUCAAGUUUCCGUACAAAUGGGCACAAUGUAAUAUGUUAAGAUGUAGAGUCGGUCAUUUUCUGAAGAAAAGGAAAAACCACUUUUUAUCUCAUCUUCACGAAGAUGCAUGGCAUUGAUGCCAAUUCCUGCUACCGUGAUUCCUCUUAUUAUGGGAGAAUUAUAUGAUGAGGCUGUAUGAAAUGUAUUUUUGACAAGACUUCAUAAUAUUUGUCAUGAUUUUAUUUCACAGUUUGAAAGGAAAAUAUCUAGUUAUAAAUGGUGAUUCAUCAAGCUUUUCUAUUAAUUUAAAUGUUUAGGGGUUUUCAUUCCUCUAUAAUACUUUAAAGUUUUGAAGUGUCCUAACAGAUUUCUUGGGCUUGCUCUCCCAGGAAAUAUCAAAUAAAAUUUCGGCAACAUGGAGGGUAAUUCUAAGGGCUGUGAAACUUUUUCUCCUGGGCAUUCUUCUUCAAGGUAAAAGCUCUAAGUUUUUUUUAUUUUCUUUAAUUUUGCAUUCUUGCAGUUUACAAUGAAUGUAUUUAUUACAGUUUUGUUGUAAUUCCACAAAUUUCAGAAUUUUGAAAUAUACCAUAAAAUCACAUUUCUUCGGGAAAAUUCCUCAUCAUCUUCCUCUUGUGAUGCCGAAUUCUGAGACACAAAAUUUGCUUUCAAGAGGAAGAUAACAGGCGAAUCCAUGUCUAAAAUAUGACAGUUUCUAAGCAAAACUAAAACACACUGAUUAACUGCCAGAAUGUACGUUCUAAAUACACGUUUUGAACUCACAGGAACUCAAGAUUCAUUGGUCGAUUUGAGUAUUCAGAUGUAGAAUACAUAAGUAAUUUAUUUAAGGUAAUCAUUUAUUUGUUUACUUGACUAGAGAUGUUAUGUCAGAAGAUUAGUCGGUUACUUGACUAAAGAAUCAUUGCAGGUUCUCGGAAAGAUUAAUGUUUACUCUUGAAUUCAACGACCUGGUGAGGAAUUUAGGAUGAGGAUAGGGUGACAUAGCAUCUCAUGCAGAACUUUUCGCGACAUAAGGACAGUUGCAGAUUAAGUUUUUUAUAUUGAACGCAUCAUGUGCAGAAAAUCUGACUCGUGACUGGUUGGCUGACUAGUUGGACGGAAUUGGGAUAAUUUGGUAUCCAUAUGAUGAUGGGGAAGAAAUAAUGUGAUGGUUGGGAGAAUUUGGUAGAACGCUUCUGAAAAAUAGUAAGUCGACUAAUACAUGCCAGAUGGUGUGGAAAAGCUGUUUUUGUUUAGAAGGUGGUGGAUAUUUAAAGGAGGAAGGCAAGUUUUCUGGCUGAUGCUUCAUGUUUUGUCGUGAGUCGUAUGGAUAUGACGGGAGAAAAGCAACCAGUUGCUCAAUAGAACUAAUAGUUUGGUUGGGCUCAUUUGUGUUGGUGCUUGUGUUACGGUGUGUGGGUUAUCUUCUGUAUGAAGGCGUUUAAGAGCUGAAUAGUAUCAGCAUUGGUCCCUUGGUAAGGAACACAUGCUUGUAUAAGAUAAUAUUUUUUUGGAAGGUUUCGUAUACCUCAGCCUAUGUCUUUGGUACCUUCAUGGAAUUUAUCAUAUUGAGAAGUUUAAAAAUGCUUUUUGCAGGUUAGCAGCCUGUGAGAUACUAUGUAGCAUCAGCAAUCAAUCUUAAGGAGUCAAGGUUUCCUCAAAAGCUGGCUUGUAAUUCCAGCUGUUUUAGCCAUGUCGUGUCCAUGUCCAUGUAUUUAAGAGACUUAUUUAUGCAUCAUUGCAUUUUUUUUUUAACUUUUCUCGUCAAAUUUUAGGAGAAUCAUGUACUUUGCAUAAUUAUGGCUUCAUGGAUUCCCUUAAUUAAUUCCCAACUUUCGAAGUGUUCUUUUUAAAUUCCGUUGAAGAUGAAUCAUUUUCCUUUCUUCCACUCACAAUGUUCAGUGCUUGUCUGAUUUAAUUGCUGAUGAUGUUUAUACUGAAGUUAUCACCAUUCCACCAUCUUGUUUGCUCCAGGUGGUUACUUCCAUGGGUUGAAUUCUUUGACUUACGGUGUCAAUCUUGAAAACAUCCGCUGGCUUGGUAUUCUUCAGGUAAGAUUUCGUGAUGUGCUGUUGUGUUUUACUGGUUCUGCUUACUUUGUUUUAAACUGUAUCCGCUGGGAUUAAUUGGCUUGAGCCAUGCUGUUUAAUAUUUCCAACAAAUGUUUUGCUCUUUCUCCAAUGCAUGAAAUCAGGUUUACAUCUCAUGCUGAUCUUAAUGUAGCUAUAUUCUGUGUUAUGACAUUCAACAUAGUAAUGUUUGUCCUUUGCUUACUAUUUUUUUCCUUUAUUUGGAGAUUCUUGAAUACUAAUCAAUUUCUGGGAAUAAUUAUCUAUUCUUUUAUCAGCUAAAGAAAUGUACAUUAGUUGGCCUUAUCACCUUUGUUGGUCUGAUCACUUCAAUAUCUGUGGAAGCAGUUACUGAUCACUGUUUUUCCUUUAUAUGGACUCUAGAGGAUAGCCAUUGGAUAUAUUAUAGCUGCUUUAUGUGAGAUAUGGCUCUCAAGGAUAGUAGUAAGAGACUCUGUCGGCAGAAGCUUCAAGAAUUACUAUCUUCAGUGGUAAGAAACUGAUGCCCGAUCAACUAGCAUGCUCUUCGUAUGAAAUACCGCUACAGCAUGUUCUGAUUUUUAAUUUUCUUGUUGAAUGCCCUCUACUUGGACGCAACCCCUUGAAUGUUUUUCUGAUCCUCUGAAAAUUCAGUAUUCAAUACAGUAUCUCAUUGGAAGAUGGAUAAUUAAAGAAGCAAAGGCAGAAGCAAAUUCAUUGAAAUGCGAUCUUGGUAAUAACUGAGAAACUCAACAUAAGGCAGGAAAAAGAAAAUGCUUUGCCUUGGUCUAGAGUGUCUGCCAUCAUACCCGCAAUGGAUGGCAUUUGAAUCGCUAUUCCUGGAGAGGAACAUUUGCCCAUUUAUAUAAGACAAUGUAGUAAGUCACAGUUGGGAGGAUUCUCACCUGCUCGGGGAAUAUCGUAUUUUGACAUCUAGAAACUCAAUUCAAAAAGUAGUUACCCAGACAGGAGUCUUAUCUUGUGGGAAUGCAACACUGAAAAAAGUUUAAAAUUAUCAUUGGGAAAAAAGUAUAGGAAAAUUAUAUUUUCUUCAUGACAGAACUUUAUUAAAAUUUCAACUAAUCAUCUUCACAGUUCUGUGAACCUGAAUGAUUUUCCUACCAUAUGGGUUAAUAAAUUUCUUGCUAAUUACUAGAAUCCCCAAUCAAAUAUUUAUGUUUAAUUUACUGGAAAAUCACCACAACUUGUUGUUACGCAGAACAAGCUUUUUGCUAUAUUGGCUUUCCUUCUAUUUUUCCUUUCUUUCCUAUUAUUAGAUGUAUUUCCUUUUUCGUGUUUCUGUUAUUAGACCUUUCCGUAAUAUUGGAAAGGUUUAUUAGACGCCAAUAUAAAUACUGGCGUACUGCCCUGAGAAGGGCUAAGUCAGUUUUCCUUUCCUGCUUCCACUGUAUCUCGUAACACUUGUAUACUUCUAUACUUUCAUGAAAUGAGGCUUCACCACCAUCAUCCUUUUUAAUUUUAUCAUAUUUAUUUAUGUUUUCCUUUGUAGGUUUGCAGUUUUCUUGCUAUCCUGCGUAUAUUUAUGGUUAUUGUAUGGUUUGUAUGUUCCUGAUUGGCAAUUUAAGCUGGAACAGCCGACAUCUUCACUCCCUUCUAUUAUUGAUGACUAUGUCAUUAAAACAGUGAGAUCCUCAUUUCUCUUAGAUAUUUCACUUUUCCUUAUGGUUCCACUAUCCUUUUUAUGCUGAUUCUUGAUGCAGUUUUUUAUUAUUUCAUUAUGAAUUGAUUGGAAACAUUUAAGGCAUGACGUUUCAUUGCCUUGAAUUUCUCUUAAUGAAGUGGUUUUUUCUUUGAAAACUUCUUAAUAAAAUAAUCUCACAGCUUGGAACAAUCUCUAAAAAUCUGGUCCUUGUAGGUCUUUCUCAUCUAGAACUAAGACGUAUGAAGGUUUGGUGAGGACUACCACUGGAUUGCAUUGAGCUCAGUUGCAGGAUUUAUUUGGUUGAAGGACUGUAACUUGAUUGAAAAAGUCAAUUUACAAAAAAUCUUGCUUCGAUGGUGCUGGCAGGAUUCUAUUUGGGAUAUUUAUAGUGAAAAACGUUAUUCACGAUUUUAUUCGAAAUUGUGAAGGUUUUAAGGUUCGAGAUUUCCAAGAUAAUGGUGUUAAACUAUAUAAUAAGUUCGAUAUUUUAUACUGUAAAGUUGCAUAUCUGAUUUGUCACUAUCACCAAUGGUGGCAUGCGAUUGAUGUCGGGAAUCAAGAACCAAGUCAUUGAAUACAAAAUACAAGAUAUCAAUUUGAGCUGUUUAAAUAGACAAACUUUUACCUGCACGGAAAAAUAUUGUGGUUGGUAUUCCUGUGCACUUUCUAGAAGGUCUCAAGAUCACCAGCUCCUGAUAUGGAUUAGGGUUCGUUAGUUGGGCUGGGGUUCUUAGAGGUCAUUGGCUCAUUCUUUUACUGUCUUUUUCUUCUAUAGCCCGCCAACUUUCGACCUUUACUGGCAGUUUUGGCGAAUGAAUAACCAUCUACGGACUAAAUUACUUUUAUUACCAUGAAAAAGCUUGCUCUUUUGAGGAUAGAUACUGGCGCUAUAGGCAAAGAUUGUUUUGAUUUUCGAUUAUUAUAUACUCUGAAUUUUGUUCAUGAGCUGUACAUGCUUGGAAUUUUCAUUGUUUUUUGUACGGGUCGCUAACUUUUUAGAAGGCCUCUUCUGUUGAAUUGAGGUGGUUUCUGGAAAGAUUAUUUGCAGUUUGCGGUAACAUCCCAGAGGAAAAGGGUUUCUUGUUGAUAUAACCAUUAUCAACUUGUCCUUACUGAAGAAAGAAAAAGAAUGUAGCAAAAACAAUUGUCCCAUUCACCUAAGGUUUGUCACCUGUUGAUCUGAUAUGAUUCUAAGCUCAGCAUUGACAACAUACAAUUAUUUAAUCAUUUACGACAACAAAAAUCUAGGUCAAAAUGUGCAUGUUAGUUCUUGUUGAUGGUUUCAUCUAGCAUUUGCUAUGUGAAUUUUUUUACUCAUUCAUGUUUGAUCAGAAAGCAAUUCUCAAGCUUUCUGGAACUUAGGGCUCACUCUUUAAACUUUUACUACUAAUUGAUCUGAUAAGGUUUUCAAGAAGCUAGCAUUUAACUCCAUCCACUUGAGGAUGCCAAACCUGCUAAAUUGAUUCUACAAGUCAUCUUAUUACCAAGAAAUAUUAUCUAUUAUACCUUUUGUCUGCCAACUGCACCAAACAUGUCUAGUGUGCAAUCUCCUGAGUAUCAGUAAUGCGCUUAUUAAUUUAAAUUGAAUCUUAGGGGUGAUCUGAACAUUUGAGAAACACUUGGGUUGGCUAGAGCCAUGAAAUAUAUUGGAGUCUGCUUUAAGCCUUGGUGUUCAGCAUAUGUACGAACAGAAGUCAAUGGAACCUAAAAAUGUGGUCUUUAGAUAGUGGAGUCAGCCUAGCGUUUCGAAUCGCUAUAGUUCCUGGUUUCACGAAUUGAUUGGAAACCAGAGUUUAGAUAAGAGUCCGAAAAAGGUUAAUUCACUCCCUCUCUUUGUUCCUCUUAUUGCAUCCUCUAAAUCCAACGACUGGUAUCAAUGCCUACCUCUUUUAAAUUAAGUAAAAAUAUGUGAGGAGCAGAUUCUAUGGUGAAUAUUGCAUGAACCAUAUUUUUAGAAGGACACUCUGCCAAUAGGCCCCAAUAUUCACUAGAUGUAAUUAACAAUUUCAGAAAUUCGUGGGCUGAUUACUUUUCCUUUUUUUGUAAGUCAACAAUAUCUACUGGUGAAACUCUCUAUUUAUUUUGUAUUCAACGUGUAUAAGUGCAGUAUAAUUCCUGUCUGUAUUUACUGAUGGAAUAUUCAUUUGUGCCAUCACAAUGAAGUAAAAAUAGGACAACGGGAUAAGGCAUGGAAGUAUAAGGUGUAAUAAUACCCACUGCGCCUACUUACCUAUUUCGAUUUACUUAUCCAGCUGUGCCAUCUCCUGAAACUUAAGUUGACAUCAUACAUCUCGUUUAUUUGGUCUCUUGGGUUGGUUCCCAUGACCCUUGGUAUGUAAGCAGUCAUGUGUAGAAGAUUUAAAGUUUCAAUUUGAAAAAAAGCAUGAGACAGAUUUCCUCUGUAGGUAAAGUGUGAUGUAAGAGGUGAUCUUGGACCAGGAUGUAAUUCUGCUGGAAUGAUUGACCGCUAUCUUCUUGGCAUUGAACAUCUAUACAAAAAGCCUAGCUACAGAAACUUGAAGGUAAACAUUACCGUGCCAUAAUUCUGGUUGGUUCCAAGGUUUUGGAUUUUCUGAUGAAUCACAUUCUUUUAAAUUAAUAGGAUUGUUAUUCAGAGAAGGGGCAGGGCUUGGAGAACUCUCCUGCAUGGUGCCAGGCUCCUUUUGAUCCAGAAGGAGUUUUGAGGUAAGCUAGACUCCUGAAUAUAUACUUGUAAACAGAUGUUUAUAUUAAUUAUUUCUUUGUGUGUGAAUUUAAGGGGAACGCGUUUUAUGUUAGAUGGUAUUUCUUCAUGGAGGUAAUGAAAGUUCUAAGCAUGCAUGUAUACUUGCAGUAUUUUAUGGGAAAACUGAGAACAUGCAUUAUAACACAAGAGUGAUCGUUGUAUUGUGCACGGGAUGUUUUUUUUUUUUUUUUUUUUUUUUUUUUUUGUACAGAAGUUUUUCUGUAGGGAACCGCAAUUUUCUCAAGUUUUCAUUGUCUUACUCUGGUGAGUAUGAAACCGAGAAUCAUAGGUUAUGAUUAUUUUCCAUGAAAGCUUCAGUGAUUAUGAUGCUAUUUUAUGGGAAGACUGCUAUUUGAUAGAAAGGCUGUUGCAUCUGUUACGACCAUUACCCCCCACCCACCCUCCCAGCCAGCAUGCAAGAUCAUGAACUCUCACUGUGGUAAAGUCGAAACAACUCAUCCUCACAUCCUUUAAAAUUGAAAUCCUCGAAUAUAACAAACUUCUGAUUUCGUAGGAACCAGAAUUUUUAAGAUUGGCCCACGAUUCUGGUAAGAACCUUGAUCCAGAAAAGAAUAGGAUUCUUCUUGAGUGAAACGGGAACAAGGAUUAGGGGAAGAAGGUUUGAGCUGUGGAGACCGGAUCGGUUCUACCACAAAACCGCAGAGAAUCUCCGGGAACUUCUAGGACCAAAUGUUUUCUCUCCCCCUCCCUAUACAACUGAGUCCUCUUAUGUAUAACCCUCAGCCCUCUCCUUCGUGUGGUGGUUGGACCCAUAGAAGCUGGAAGCUUCUUCCUUCUUGAAUGUCUUGAUGGGAGGCUCAUCAGAUUCCUAUGUCUAUAUACAUCUAUAAUUGUACAAGUCGCAUUGAAUUUCUCAAAGUCUAACACGUGCGUCUCAUACUUCCUGUUUCAUUCAGCUGUGUUACUGAUACUUGAUCAAACCUUUUUCCUUCCUAAAGUUCUGAGUGUUUAGGAUGGGUUGACAGAAGUCAAAGUAUUUAUAUCUCUGUCUGAAAAAAUCUUCAAAGUACAUAAGGCAGAACCUCACAUUGUGCGGCUCCAACGUCUGAUACAGAUGUUACCUGUGUUAUUAUAAUUUAUAUUCAUUAUGCUUGAUAGGAUGGGGUAGCAUGAAUCUUCUGCUUCCAUAUGCAUCCCGUCAAAUCUUAUGCAACAAAAUAUUCAGUGUUGAAAAAAACCCGACUUUUAGGGUGGUUGUCACUGUGAACGCUUAUCCGUACGGUAAUAACCUCCAUCAUGUAUUAUGAAAAAUAUGAUUGGUUUACAUUUUAUUUCUAAAAUGGUGAUCUUCACUGGGAACAAUUAACUAUUUGUUACAGAAAAUUGAGAUCUACGGGCCAGUGGAAAACAGAAAGUGCUUGCCUCCCAGAAUUUAAUAGCACGUAAGAUGUAUUGAGUGAUGGUGUGAUUCCUGCAUACUAUUUGUUUGAACGGUGGAUAUGAUCACUCUUUUUUGAAGGAUGAAAUAUAGUUUCGGCAAAACUUUAAGUUCGUGGAGAGUCACGACAUGCUAGAAAGUUCAUGGAUAUGAUCACUCUCGUGUACUAAUUCAUUCUAUUUUCUGACAGACGCGAGUGACAUAUACUCAAAGUUACUUGUCAAGGAGUUUUCCGGGUAAAAUUAUUUGGGUCAUAAGAUCUAGGGGUAUCACUGCAUACCCUAGGUGACAAAGUAAGAUUACUGGAGGAUCACACAUUGAGAAAUGGUUUGUGUCCUGAACAUUGGUGCGGACCCUAGGAGGAUAUGCAGAGGAAAAACUCAACCCGUAUUCACAUCAUAGAUGACUAUUAUAUAAGAGUACCAGGGCCACAAAACAGGGAAACUAACUAGCAACUAAGAAACCGACAAACUAGGAAACGACCCAACAAACUAGGAAACGGUCCAACUAAGAACCAACUCCUAAUUAUACGUUCUUUCCCACAGCUUAGCGAAGCAGAUACGGUUUGAAUGGAAACUUUGCGGGAACAUGGAUAUUGUUGCUUAUGUAAAGACUAUGUUGAAUUUGGUGAAAUAGGUUGUUCUGGUUAAAUUUAUGUAUCAAAAGAUUUCAUUCUGAUUGAUAAUAUAGGUCCUAGUUGAAUAUACUUGUUAAAUCCCCAGUUUUUAUUUUGAUGCUUGUGGGCUCUUUACUCUUCUAUCAUUUUCAAUUCCCUUACUUUGGAUCCCUCCAAAUUUCCCUGAGCUAUCCUCCCUUGGCCUCUAGUCGCUAUAAACCUCGCUCAAUUGGAAAAUUUCAGAGAAUUUAUUUAGCAACCCAUACAAUCUCUACGUCUGCUGCUUUGUUUUCACUGAUUAACACUCGCCCUUGUCAUCUAUGAAUUAGCUCAUCAAGUUUAACAAUGCAUGCUGACAGGAUGUUAUUCAACUCUAUGACAAGUUCACACUUUGAGACGGCAAAGUAAAAUAUCCGAUGGUUGUAAACUCUCAAGUCAUCCACUGGAACAAGAAAAUCUUCCUGUUAUUUCUGUAGCACAUACCAAUAUGCUUCCUCUUUCCAAUUCAGUUUAAAUAAGUCGUACUUGUACACUAGAUAGACAUUUGUGCUACCGCGGAAUUAUUUCCAAAACCAUAAGCCAAUGAGCUGAAAUUCUCUCUUUUUACAAUAGCAGACUAGGAAAUUUUAUGUGCGGUAGAUGUCUUGGGUGCUGAAAAAGUGUCAGCGUAGUUAACCAAUUGUGAUUAUUGAUAAUAGCUUAUGAUUAAUCAUUAAUUGGUUCAUUGAUUACGCACUAGUUUCUUUCUGUUUUUUUUUUUUUACUGCUGAUGAUCUGAUACUAAAUGGACGUUUAUAGAAGUUUGCAAAACACGUAUCACACUGUGUUAAGAUUCUAAAUAACAGUUCUAACUGCCUUCAACUUAACAGAUUUUUUGUUUUACAGCUCCCUGAUGGCUUCAGUCACUUGCAUUAUAGGACUUCAAUUUGGCCAUGUUCUUGUUCAAGUGGAGGUCAGAGAAUAUUGACGUUUGUCAUCUACUGUUUUGCUUCUUUCAUUGAUUUAACAUGAUGUUUUUGUGUUUUCCUUAUGUUGCCUGCUUAGUCCCCGUAUUUUUUGUAAAGAUACUCGUAAAAUAACUUGUAUCGAUUUAAAAAUUUUAAAUUUGAAACAAUGUCUUGUGUAUAGGACUUCCCAUUUUGCACCUUUUUGUAAGGGAAAAUGUAAUGAGGGAGACCUCAAUGUGGUUGCUUGGGAGAGAUUUCAAGCUAUCAAUUUAUUUUCUUGCUCUCCACCUUUCCAUUUUUUCUACUGAUUUAUUGUUGCAGUUUUCAAUCGUCUUGAACUUUAUGGUUGCGAUUCUAAUCCAAACAGUGUCAAAAUUUUCACCUGCAUGAUACCACAUUUAUAAGAAAGGAACUCGUUCCAUUUAAGCUUGAAAAGAAAUAUAAUAUUGCCAAAAUCAUGCAGUGCUCCAUAUAAUUUACUCUGUAAACAGUGUAAAAUUCUUCAGACUGUUGCCUCCCAGAUUAAUAUUAGUUAUGGAAUAAUAUUAUGUUAAUAAGUUGAUAAAUGGUUAAUGCAGUGUGUAAAUCAAGAAAUAAAAAUAAAUAGAGAAUCAUAAUAUGGUAUUCCUGCCAUCUCAAAACCAAAUGCGGAAAAAAGCACCCAAAUACGCAUUAAACUGAAGAAAUAAGCUCGACAAGCCCAACUCUUUGAUACUGCACUUGCCCGUUUCCACAGCAUCAUUUUGAACGAUCCAUUUUCUCUGUAAUAAUGAGCCCGAAUGAGUGUGACUAGCUGGCAUCUUCGAUGCAUUUUUUUCUUCAAACACUGUUAUUAGGUACAUCUUAUCUCUAUUCAUUUGCUCAUUUUUUGCUUCACUUUUGUGCUGUCACUUUCAAGUAUAGUGUCUGUGUUUUGUGAUCUACGAUGUUUCUCAACUCGGAAAAGACUACAACUAAGUCUUUUAUCUGUUUUAUCGUUCAUCUGGUUUUAUUCAUGCCCUAAUAACACCCUGACAUUGGAAAUAUUUCAUGGCCCACAUUCCAGGAACAUAAAGGCCGAUUAAUUCGCUGGAUGUCACUUUCAUGGUUAUUUUUGGCGCUUGGGGUGUUCCUUACAGUAAUAGGUAUGCAUAUCGACGUCAAAAGUUGUCAAUCGAUAUUCAUAAAGGUCUAUUCUAAUACGCACGUUUGAUUCUAAUUGCACAGGCAGUCCGCUGAAUAAAUCUCUAUACACAAUCAAUUACAUGUUGAUAACUACCUCAUCAGCCGGAAUCGCAUUUUGUGCUUUAUAUCUCAUGGUAAGGUUGGAGCUUUUAGCUCAGAUCUCAUAGAAUGUAGACUAGUUAUUUCAAGGUAUGAAGAUUUUAUUCGCAAGUUAAUGACAUUCUAAACAGUCCUAACUUCAUGCCAUCGUGGGAAAGCCUGUUAUUACUCUUCCAUGCCAGUUCUUGAAAUAACCUUUCCUAGUGACUAAGCCUUUUAUUUUCAACAUCUUGGUUUUGUUUCUGACUAGGCUCAGUCCUUAUCAGGGCUAAGCUCAGUCCAUAAAGAACAUAGAGCCCUGUACUUAUGAAGGCUAAGCUCAGGAUUAAGUUCUGAAGUAUUUUAGUUGGAGUUCAAAAAGAACAUGAGGUCAAAUACUAGGCUUGUGCUUUCUUGCUGCUCCAAAGCGCAUAAUUGAAGGCAAUGAGGUCACGAAUGAAGUCCUUGUGGUUCCAGCAUUAGGUUAAGUAAUAAUUGAAAUAUUCUCUGAUGCCAAUUUUAAACGUUGGCCAUAGAUUGUGCCAAAGCAGGCUAUCUAAAAGGUAUCCAUUACUGGUUCUGGCCAACUUAUCCAUAGACCCACAGAACAUCUGUGCUGAGUCAUGUUCUAUUAUUCAUGCAUACAUGGACGUAUAUACAUAUUUACACACACACACAUAUAUAUAUAUGUGUGUGUGUGUACACAUUUCAUUUAGAGAACAUUUAUGUAGGAAUGUGAUUCUUGUUUGUAUUUUUCCCAAUUCCAUAACUUAUUUAUGGUCAACGAAUGAAGAAUAAUGAGAUUAGUGAUGCAAGAAAUGUUCAGAGUAUCUGACCACUCGAUCUUCUAUCUUUUGGUUGAGAGAGAUCAACAAUCUUUCUAAUUUAUAUUUGCCGUUUUUUUUUAUAUGAAACGUAAUUUAAUUUAUUUCGGUGUUGCAGGUGGAUGUAUGUGGCUACAAACGCAUGUUUUUUAUUCUAGAAUGGAUGGGAAGACAUUCACUUUGUAUAUUUGUUCUUGUGGCAUCUAAUUUGGCUAUCAUUGCAAUUCAAGGGUUUUACUGGAGAAUUCCUCAAAAUAACAUUGUAAGUUUUUUACAAUUCACAUUUGGGUUUGAACGUUAGGACGAACUCACUUACGUUUUUUUUCUCUGCAUCCUCGUUCCAAUAACCUCCACUGGUUAUCCUCCCGCACCCCCUCUGUUGCCUUCUCACUUUCUCUGUACCUGGCCCUUCAAGGGUUCUAUCUAUAUUAG